AUGCCACUAAAAUACCAAUUUCGCUACAGCGUCGGGUUGCCCGAGUUACGGGUUCCUUCGAGUCACCCCGAGCCUAAAAGAACGCCAACACCUCACAUAUUCUUCCGAGAAAUUAAACUGAACGUUCCGACAUCCCUGGAAUCCGAACGACGUAAAGCCAUGAUGCUGAUACAUGCGUCUGAAAAAGACAUUCGAAAUUUUAACGAAAAACAUUUCCGAUUUGCUAGAAAUACCUUCAAUAUGCAGACAGAAGAUUUGAUUCGUUUUGUUCAUCAGAAGACAGGGAGGCAGACGAGAGCCGAGAGCUGUCGGGAUUUUAGCGCUUUUUUAAAUAGGUGUCGAACUUCAUUAAAAGUAGCCCAUAAAGACGAGCUAAAAAAGAUGGACGCCAUUCUUAACAGAAGUGUGUCGUUUGAAGAAAUGUUAGAAAAAUGUAGAGACUAUUUAUAUAAAGCUCUGAACGACCACGUAGACAAGUAUUGCCUCAGUUUCGCUUCCGAGGCUCAAGGGAAGGAAAUCCCGUGUGUUUUAGAAUAUGAAAAUAAUAUCGUUGCCUGGAGACGGAAAAUUAACGAAGGAUUUGAAAAACUGGAGGAAAUACAGGAUCAAUUGAAAACACAUAAAGGUGACAGUUUUGAGGAUUAUAAAAAAAAUUAUGACAAUAUUUUGUAUGGCAUGAAGGUCGUGUUGUCCAUUUUCCCGCGCAUUUCUGCUCCAUUGAAAGACUGGAUAACCGCAGAUGAAGCCUAUUCCAGAAAACUUCAAGACGCAGCUAACAAUCUUAUAAAACGUAAACUCGAAAAUACAAAAGAGGCGCGAAAAACUCAGCUUCGUGCUGGCGACGCCGUUCAUCAAAUGCGACAGAAAACGUAUAACUCAAAAAAUGUUCGCAAGAAACUAAGUCAUGUCGUAGAGGAAAAGAAAUAUUUAAGGAAACGGGAGUUGGGGUUGAUGGAGAAACAAAGUAACAUGGAAAAAUCUUAUAAAGAGAAGAAAGGUCGAGAGGAAAGUUUGUAUGAAGAUUUAUAUUUCGAGCGCUCGUAUUCACCAACUCAAGCAAAACAAUUACUCGCCGACAUUAACAAGGUUCAAGAGGAGAUGCUCAAACUGGACAAAAAACUGGAUUUUUUGAAAGACAAUCUAGGUAAAGUUCGGACUGAGAGAAAGGCUGCACAGAAGGAGAUUUACAGACUCCAGAAUAUUUACGAGCGGAGCGUAAAGAACGAGGAGUAUUUAAGCCAGAAUGUCGAUAGAAGAGAAAGGGAUGCCGAGAAAAAUGAGGAAAAUAUUCGAGAUCUGAAAUCUAAAAUUGAUAGUAUCACGAGAAUUCGAGCCAUUAAACUCCACCCUGAUACAUUGAAGAGACUCUACGACGACGGAUAUUCUCCGGGUCGCAGAUUUGACCUCACCGAUGGUUUUACCGAGGCUUGUAAGAUUACAGCUAAAGGUAUAGGACAUAAAUGGCCGGUCCUGUAUGCACGGUUACCAUUCCGACCGACUAGAGAUGCGGCUUUAAUUAAACAAGACAUAGAAGCGUUUGAUAUCAGUGGUCAGAAGAGAGACCAAACAACACGUGAUGUAGCUUUUAAAAGUUUGGCCAAGUGGAAGAGAUUGAGUAGUGAAGCUUCCACCAACCACUUAGUAGAAACUCUUCGAGAUAUCGACAUGAGCAGGCUGGCCAGGAAAAUAGAAAAACGCAUCGCUUCUUUACGAUAG